CGCGUUGGGGUUGCCAUGGCAGUGCGGGACGCUGCGCGGCCGGGCGCGGAGGGAUCCGGCUGUCCCGCCGCCCCGUCUGUCUUCGGCGCCAGAUCAGGACUGCCCCAGCGUUGUCCCCACAGACCAAUCCAGCCAUGGGUAGUGUGAAUAACUCAGAAGGUCCCUGGCUCCAAAGAUUUGCAAAUGGGAAACCUGUGAGAAAACCCAAGCGGCAAAAGCCUUGGAGGGCAGCACCUGAUCAAAGCCGAGACAUCAUUGCUUCUGCUGAGUGCAUCUUGGACAGAGAGAAUUUUGUGAGGGAGGUGGACAGAUAUUUGAAGCACACUGAUUUCCUAGAUCUGAGAAAGACAGAGCUUCUCUACAAAAAAUAUCUUGACAAUGUUUCAGAGCCAGUUAUGCAGAAGAUUAAGGACCAAAUGGACAGCCAGUCAGAGAAAGAAGUGUGGAAAAGGAGACGAGAACAAUUCUCUCAAUAUCUAAACUACUGUACAAAGAAGGGCUAUGUGUUUUUGGAUGAUUAUGACCCAUCAGAGUAUGAUCCAUUCUUCCAGAAGACGGGCACAGACUGCUGGAAGGCGUCAGCAGGAUGGAGUUCAUCAACGAGCACAAUGACAGAGAGAGGCAAUGAUGUCACCUGUACUCCAGCUGACCACAGCAGCAAGUACAGCCAUCAAAGAUCAACGUCAACUUGGAACACUGCAAGGAACUAAGCACAACCAGGAACUAAGAGGAAAUACAGAAGCAGCAGGAAUUCUUGCUUAAUAACCAGCGUGGGACAAAGAAUUUUUUACCAAAAGACGUUCAGGCUCUUAGCUUUAGUUGUCCUUCAUAAAUUAAAAAAAGUGUUCUUAGAGGAGUGUUUUCUGAUCAAAGAGCUGCAGGUCAAAGCGCACCCACACUUCUCCUGUUGGAACUUCAUGCAGCAGUUCACCGUGGACUGAAAAACGAGACUCAGCUGUCCAGCCAGACUCACAUUAACCCACAGGAGAAAAGAGUGAGCUAUGGUUACAGACAAGGCAUCUCAGGUCAAGGCAGCUCCCUGCAAAUGUGCAAUAAUUGACUGUGUGUCAGAGCCCUGAAAAAGCACUUAACCUUUUAGAGAAUAUGAGAAGCAACUGACUGCCAAAAACGUGUUCAGUUUCCAAGCAACAAGAAAGCUGAUCAAGCUGUUGCUGUGAAAAUAUAACCCAGGACCUUAUUUUUGAGCACCUAUUCUCCUUUUGAAGCAGUCUGACUGCAUUCAGCUGUUCUGAAUGCAAGCAUCCACAGGGAAUAAUCAGCAAGGACACAAUAUUGACUGUAAACCAGCAAACUUCCUGGGGAAAGAAUGGCAGAAUAAUGAAAAGGAAAAUGUAAGACUGCAGAAAUUACAUCAUUUAGAAGAUCACCUAAUUCUCAGACUCCAGUAUGUGACUGCUCGAUGUCACUGGUGCAGCACAACACAUUUCAGCCUGUAUUAAACAGGCUGUCCAAGACAGAAAUUCAGAGAAGGCAAUUCUGGGUAAGAGCUUGACAUAGGACUUUGGAAACCAACCCCUUCCUCCAUGUACCUCUCCAAACCACCAGUUCUCCUGCUGCUCCAGGACAGUGAUGAUGUCAUUCUUCGAAAAAUUCAAGUGGUUAUCUUUUUUUGCAGUCCAAGAACAAAGUGCUUGUGCUUUUAGGUUCUCUACAGGCUGCCCCUGUAAGACAGAAGUGAUGCUGGUUGAUCACACUACCCCAGCUGUUAAAAACAAACACUGGUGUAUCUUUUAUUGAAGGUAAAGCAACUUCAUUCCUAAGUGAUGGUUGAAUAACUUUGUUUACAUCAAUGCAUGCAAGCAACUCAGUUUCUUAUUUGUUAGAAAUAUCUUUUGCAUCUAAUUAUAGGUGAAAAUUAUUUUAGAAUUAUGAAAGAUGAGUGUUCUUGCUCAGUGGUCCCUGGAAAUAUUUGGAAUUACAUCAAUUCACACUAGUAGAAUAUUUAGAUGAGCUUCUUGAUCCUCCAGCCUGUUCAGUGCACCCAGCACUAGCAAAGCUGUGUGGUAUUCUGGUUUUACUUUAAAUCAUUUUCAUUAAGAUGAAUCUGAAAUACAUCAAGUUCUGCACAAGGUACCUGUCCAUGAACAGGUGAAACAGAUCCAGGGGACACAGUUCGAGUAAAAGCUGAUUUCUGCUGCCAGGCUGUGUUAACAUUCAGGCUGGAAAAGGGGAUGUUUUGGUACUCAGAUUCUUCUGCAGAUUUACUUGGUGAAAGUGGUCUGCAAAUUGAACACAAGGCAUAUUCAUCAAAUUACAACUUUUAUUUAGAAAGUACCUCAAGUAGAGAACUUUUUUUUCAACAUCUAUAAAACUGAUAUUCUACACAAUGCAAAGCAGACUAUCAAAUACUUAAAUUUUCCAAGCCAAGGCAUUUAAGAAGGAUCUUCAGUAAUUUUUCUGCCUUUGUAUUUUAAAACCAAGCGAAACUAUACAGCACAUUAUGUGCCAGCUAAAUUUGGAAAAAACAAUUUAAACACAAACAUAACAACAACUCACUCUGAAGCAGCUGAGGUAGUAGAUAAAGAUACUGUAGGAGGAAGUAAGGCUUUCUUAGGAGAUAAAGCUUUUUCUCCUUCUGGUAUUUUUUCUACAUAAUUGCACGGAAACCAACCAAAAUGUCCUUGAAAACUCCCAUAAAGCCAACCAGGCUCUCCCACAGUUUUUUCAUCAACCUAUGGACAGGAGGAGAAAUACAAAGGAAAGAGAAUUAGCAGCAUGAAACAAGCAGGGUACCUGGUGUGCCAGCACCUGCUGGCCCUGUGACCUGAGCAGGGGCAGGGCCCACACCAGGACCUGCCCUGGCAGAACUGAGCUGGUUUUGCCCUGUGAGGAUGCAGCUGCACUGGUUUCAGACAGAGGUACAGACAGACCUCAGGGACCCUGCCCUGCUUCAGACAGGCCCCAGACGUGCCCAUGGGGGUCCAUGCAGUGCCUCUGAGCCACUGUCCUGCCAAAAAUGCCACUGCAUUGUGCUGGAUUCUGCUGAAUGUGCAGCUGAGAGGAAGGGGCUGGUGAGCCCAGCAGAGCAGGAAACAACUGCUGCUGUUCUGCUCACAGAUAUAAUUAACUCUGUCAGCUGACUGCUUCCAAAACACAUCCAAAAAUUCUGUUAUGUACUAUGUGAUUAAGUACAGAGCAUCCUUAAACAUUCACAGCAAUCCUGAAGCUUCCAUUAUGCCGCAAAUUAGCCAGUUAGUGAAAAUUGGCUAAAAAUUAGCAGCCCAUCAAACACUAUCAGCUGGUUGGCUUAGCUGGGUUUGGGAUGCCAGAGGAGGAGGAGGUGGCAGCUGUUAUCCUAUUUCUGAAAUCAGUUAUCAGCACUCAAAUGAUACAAUUACAGCUGAGAGGGAAGUCAAAGCAAAACCUACUUCUCUUGUUCCCUCUUCCAUGGCUCACUGGUAUGAAAAUGCAAAUAAAUGCUUUAACACUGUCAAACUGAAAGUUAAUUUAGUCAAGUGUUUUAAUAUUUUGUACCACGCUGCUUUAUAAGUUCUUCCUUAUCACCUACUUGUAAUUCUUACAGUCUGAAUGAGGAGCAACCACACAUACUCAUACAUUAGAAACUGUAUUACCACAGCUGUAAAUCACUUUUCACACAUUCACCUGCAGGCAAAGAUUUUCAAACAAGUGCUAAUAACUAAUAUACAUUAAAUAACACAGACUUCAACUGAGAAGCCACAAGGCAUUUCCAAUCUUAUAGUCCUGCUGAAAUAUUACAGACAGCAAAUUCUGAAAAAUGCUGCAAUAAAUGGACACAGAAUAAAUUACUCUAAGAGUCUGCCUGAGGGAGGAUUGGUAAAAAACACUCAGAAAGAGAAUCACAGAGUCACAGGAUGGUUUAGGUUGAAGAGAUCUUAAAGAUCACCUGGUUCCACCCCCUCUGCCAGGGGCAGGGACACUAGACCAAGUUGCUCAGACUUGCAAAAAUGUCUGUAAAGAAUACACUGGAAACAGCAUUAAGAUUCAAAAGAACCUCUCACAUCUACUUGUUAUAUAAGUAAUUUGAUUUUAACUCAAGUGCCAUCAAUGAAUAAUUCAUGUGUCUAUUAACUGUGCUCACAUUUCAAGCAAACACUCAGAAGCCAACUUGCACACGUGCAAUGAGCUGCAACAACCACAUUGUUUCUGGUCUACUAAUUUUACAAAGUUUAUGUUUAGCAUUCACUGUUCUUAUAUUUAAAGAGAUUGUAAACAUAUCUAGGAUGUGUAAAAUUCAGAGAAAUAUUUUGGCUGAACUAAUCCUAAUUUCACCUGUUUGAAAAACAUAAGGCAGCAAUUUAAAUUUUGAGUAAACUUUACAAUACAUCAACACAAGGCUUUUGACCCUUAAGACUUUGUGCAUCUCAAGGCUAGAGAAAAGGGUUAAUUUUUACAAGUUAAAUGUGAAUAGCCAAUCUUACCUGAAUUACAUCUCCAGUAUUAAAGCUCAUCUCAUCAUGGUUCCUUGCCUCAAAUGGAUACAAAGCUCUGUAAUUUACCAAGGCAAUGGAAUUCCUCGACUCUGCAGCACCAGCUGCCUUGCCUGGAAGGUAAGAAAGCCAGGUACCAAUCUGACACAGCUGAGACAAGCACUCAGAUGGAGCCCCAUCACUCUAAGCACCUGGUGGAAUAUCAGUUCUUGCCCCAGUCACAGUGCAGGUACCACAGGAGAUCACCAGGGCAUCAGUUUAACACACCAAUCACGGAAAUGUAACUGAGACAACAAAAUGCAUUGACUUCUGCAGUGAAAAAAAUCACAAAAACACAGAAUGGGUUGGGCUGGAAGGGACCUUAAAGGUCAUCUCAUUCCAGCCCGCUGCCAUGGGCAGGGACACCUUCCACAAGGCUUCAUUAAAAAUGACAUUUUUAUCUUCUCCUCUUUCCUUGCCACACUGCUCUGGCUAAGCCAGUGCUUUAAUAAAGCCUCAUUUAACACCACUAUAAUGUUCCAAGUUGAAAAGAUCCCACUGUUGCAACAAUGAGUGUUCAGCAGCAUGUUGUGAAGAUUUUAUUUAGAAAUCUAUAAUAGCAAAAUCUCACUAUUUCUAUUUUCUUUGCAUGUCUGUUCUCCACGUCAGUGACUGAUGCUGCAAACAGAGAAUGUUUUACAAGAUUUAGCUGAGGUGUGCAAAUACCCUUCAGCCCGGUUCUAAUUUGAUCUUUGCUGAACUCAGUGAGAAAAGUGGCUAAUAAAGACUGACAAGAACUAAUGAAGGAUGAAAUCAAAUGUGCCUUUAAUGAAGAUAUUGUUAAAGCACUAUUUUUCCAAGUCCCACAGCUAGUUAGGUCUAGUCAUUCAGUUUUUUGGUUUUUUUCAUCUGAGGCAUUGAGUAAUGCCAAAAGAAACUAUAUUUCACUAUUAAGAAAUCACUUUUCUGAAACUUACCUGCCCAUCUCUCAUCAAUGAACAAACCCCCUCCAUAUUAGCAUUCUAUUUUUAUGAAAGAAAGUGCAAGCCCUAGGAAAAACCUCAAAUAUUAGUUCCCAGCAACUGCUAUUUGUUGACCAUGAUCACUGCAAGAUUUGUCAUCAGAGUCAUAGGUGCUGAAAACUGACAGAAGUAACUUAAGUUUAUAGGAUCAUUUAUAACUGACAAAAAGAUGAAACAUUGCUGCUUUGGGUUCUUUUUAAUUGUAUCUUAGGCAAGAAGUCUGCAUUAGGGUCACACCAAUAACAGUACACCUGAAGAGUGAAAGAACACUCAGGAAAGUAAAAGUCCAAAAGUCUAACGAUUUUGAGAUUACCUUCAUUUUUCCAGGGUGGCUUAAGACUUUUCCCCUCUGUUGGCUUCAACAGAUCUGCAAACUUUUCAUUUAUGUUUAUUUUAGAAGUGGGUUUCUCCACCUCUUGAGAGUUAGUUGCUUCUUUUAUCUUUUUCAUCUCCUCGUUCUGCUUGCGCCUCUCCUCAGCUUCUUUUGCUAUUUGUUCUUGCUUUCUUUUAUCUUCUUCCAGUUGCCUCUGCCUUUGUUGUUCCACCUCCCUCGAGAUUGUGCCUUGUCUAUUUUUCUCCUCCUCUGCAAGAAGCUGUUGUUUGUUUUCCCUUUCUCUCAUCAUGGCAGCUGCUUCUUCAGCUUUCAGCUUUUCUUGGACUUUUUCCUGCAUUCGUUCUUCCUCCAAUCGUUUCUUUUUCUCUU